AUUUACUGUGUUAAAGGGUUCCAUUUUGCAUCAUUAGUUGUUUCAUACAAAAUGGGAAUGUGAAUAUUCGUAAGUAUCAUGUUUUUUUCUUAUCGAUUUAGCGUCUUGAAAAAGUUGUAGGUUAUGAUUUGAACCCUUAAAAUAGUUUCAGGGAAAAAUGCACACUUUAGAAAUUGUUAUUGAAGUUGAUUUCCCAAAACUCUUAUUUUAUUUCUGAAAAUUUGUUAUAUUUGUAAGGAAACAUCUUUUAGGCUAGUGUUCAGGUUUUGUUGUAAAACCUGGUACUAAAUUUUUAGGUAAAAAGAUAUAAAUUGGAAAAGGAUCCUCGUAUUGGCAUACUAAUUAUAUAAAAUGAAUCCUUUUGUCAAAGAAAAUGCAUGGAAAUUAUCAUCCUAUUUAAAAAAAAUACAAAUAAAAGACGAUUUAUCAAAACGUAGAGGAAUAAUAAUAUGUUAAAAUACAUUUUCUAACGAAUAAAAUCUUUAAUCUUUAAUCUUUUUAUUUUCUAAUUAAUUUGAGCCACCCUAAUCAGAUAUCUUAUCCUCAGCUGUUUUACUAUUUAAAACAGGUUAUGUAUUUAAAUUUCGUUUAAUUUUUUUUUUAAUUUUUCUUGCUAUGCGAAUUUAAAAAAAUCAUAUCUUAAAAGAGUGAACGAAUAUGAACCACCCUAUGUCAUCUAAGACCAUCCUAGUUGCCACAAAAACCAGGUUCGACCACGUUUGUCCCCAAACCAAUUUUACCUGUAUUUGAGCUCACUAACAGCAGUUUUGAUACUGAUUAAUGCAAUAUUCAUGUAAAUUUUCUCAUAGAGCAUGGUACAAAAUCUCAUAAAAUGACCAUUUUUAAAUCGCUGUAACUUGGGUUUAAGAAAAACCCUUUUGAGAUGUUAUAUUCAUAUUAAAGAAGAAGUUUUGAGCUUUCAGAUGCACUGCGGAGCGUAUUUUUUUGUGUCCCCCUCGAAAAGAUACAAACAUUUGAAAAAGGCCUAUUAAAAACUUUAAAAACGCUGUAACUUUUUACCAAAAUGACCUAGCGACUUCGUUGAAAUUUCAAAAGACGCGUAUUUUUAUGCUCUAAAUAUGUCCCGAAGACACCAAAAUUGCUAAAAAUAAUACAAAAAAGAUACGCAAUAAAAACCCUUUUUUGAUGGGCCACCCUACUGCUUUUCAUAUAAAAUGCUGUAGAAUGAUCAGAUUAAGAGAUAGAGAUUUGGUGUCUUCGACAAAGUUGUUUGAAAUGGCUAGUACUACAAUACUGUCGAAGAAAGUAUACCUCUAUCUCAUCUAGAAGCGAAGAUAGUUUUUGAAAAUAUUAGAAAUUGUUGGACCACCCUAAUAUCGUUUUGACCAAAAGAUGUAGAAUUUCAUUUUUAUCAAAUGCUUCUUAGACACCGAAGCUCGAAAAUGCAUCCCUGAAGCGGAAAUAAAUUAUUCCUGCUAAAUUUGCGUUUCCGACCACUGUGCAUGCAUUAAUAGUGAUAAUAAUUCACACGAAAAUUAAAAUGUUCCAGAACUGUUCUGCAAAUGGCGCAGUUCUUAACGUACCAGCAGUCAUGGUGCAAGUAAAGGCCAAAGAUACCCUUCCGAUGCGACGAUUCGCCAAAUCCUACGAAAUGUACGAUUACAAUUUGCUCUUUAUUCGGUGGCUAGCGGACUUUUGCGGCGUCGACAUGAUGGUUGAACACUAUCGGUUCAACUACCGAACCGCGCUUUGCAUUUUGGUACUUUCGUCGAGUGUGAUCCUUUCGCUUUAUACCUUUAAUUUAUACUAUCCCGAUAUCUACAAAAUUAGCGAAGUGCUCGUUUUGACUGGAUUCAUACUGCAGGGAUCAGUCAAGUUCUACUAUGGAUACAGUCAUCGAAAAUUCUACCAAGUACAGUAUGGUCGUUUGCGAAAUCUACACUACAAGUACCGCAAUCACGAGAAAAUCAACGCAACGCUCCUGACUUUGAUGGAAAGAAUCCACAUGCUCUCCAAGCUGAUAUGGAUUGUUUUUCUACUGGGUGCACUGGGCUACACGAUUUACCCACUGUACAUGCACUUUGCGAACGGUGAACGCGUGCUGAUGAUCGCGCUGAGAAUACCCGGGGUCGAUACGGACUUGCUGAGUGGAUACGUAGCCACCUCCGUCAUGCAACUGGCAAUGCUUAUAGUCGCUUGCACCGGAAUUUCGGCCGCAGACACGGUCAUACUGCUGUUCGUGGCCAAUUUGAUCGCGUACGUGGACGUGUUUACGAACGAGCUGGACGAGCUGAACGCCAUGCUGAACGCGGAGGUUCGCGACGAAGCGAAAAUCAGGCAGCAGGUUAGGAUGAUCUGCUCCCAGCAUCAGGACAUUAUCGAAUACGAAUCCGACCUGGACGAGCGGUACAUCAUGAUCUGCUUUGCCCACGUGAUCGGUUCGAUUGCCGCAAUGAGUACCACCCUAUUUCUGGUUUACAUGAUCCAAUUCGUGCCGGGUUAUCCCAUCUUGCUGGCCGUUUUCUGCCAACUGCUGGAGUUUUGUCUACUCGGAACGGUUCUCACCGUUAAGAACGAAGAGAUCAUUAGGGCGAUCUACAGUGCCCAGUGGUACCUGCUACGGGAACCCGAACGUCGCUGCUUCGCGUUAAUGCUCCACAAGAGUCAGAACUUUAUCGAGAUGACCAUCGGAGGGUUUGCCCCACUGAAUCUGGAGACUUUUGUUGCAAUCAUGAAUCGUAUUUACACCUAUUUUAUGAUGCUUAUCAGUUUCAUCGAAUGAAUCAGUACUGUUGGACUGCAAUUUGCAGGAUCGAUAUCAGACACAUUACUUGACUGGUUAGAAAAAGGAGUAUCAUUACCAGAUUUAACAACCGUCUAGCACAAUCAGCUGAAUCACGUGUUUCUAUUAAUUGUUCAGUAGUGGAGUUUUUGCCGUCUAGUAAAGCAAACGCAUAAAAUAUUCACGACAUCUUUUUUCAACUCGAUACGCAGCUUUGGAAAAUUAAGUUUAUAUUGGACAUUUAUUUUGUGUGAUUUUUACCUGAGAAAACGUAACGUUAGGCUCAAAAUAAUAAAAUCAUUAAAAUUUUCGACUUAAAUCAAUUCGACCUCUCAAGACGUGACCACGCUGUCAUACAAAGUUCCGAAUUUGUAAUUUUCCGCUGAAAUGUAAAAUAAUAUUACCAUCAGUUUUGAAACGUUUCGUUGAAAGGACUCUGUUGCAACUCUUUCUACCGGCACUGUUCUGCCACCAAACGCACUCAAGUUGUCGUCAUGCGGUCUCUUUCGUGGUUUGCAAACCGGCAUCGGUCAUCCCAUUUUCGACUCUCUUUCGCGCAAAUUUCAACGCACAAAAGUAACUCUCUCUCUCUCUCUCUCUUGAGAACUUAUCAGCUCG